AUGACAACGACAUCUGACCAGCUUCCUGUUGAGAAAUCAUAUAUGGAGCCAAUAAUAAACGCGAGUUUCAAGAAACUUAUAAAUGUUCUCAAAAGCUUUGUCAAUGAAAAUAUUAGCGUGUUGGUCGCUGGCGCUGACACAUUGUAUUUGCUGACAACAUCUUUAAUAUUCUCUUUUAAUAAACCCCAACAAUUAAAUACUGUUCUCCAAUGCUUCUGUCAUUGCUUAUUGGAGUUCAAAAAUGACGAACAACAAACUUUUCUAAUUAUUAAACUAAUGAGCGAUUAUGUCACAAAGCUUGGAGACUACAAGUCAACCGGGAAAUAUAAGGGCCUCAUACACACUGAAUUGUUGAGCCAAUUGAUACCGAAUUUGCUCAGAGCGAAGAGCUGCUACGAAUCAAAAAUGGUCAUUCUUGCUUUCUUGGAUAUUCCAUUUGAUCACUCCUCAUCCGACAUCAGAACUGCUCUUCAUCAGAACAACAAUGACGUGUCUUGCGACUUACAUAUCCACAGUAUUCUUGAAUUUAUUGCCGAUAUCAGUGGUUUGGAGUUCUUUGAUUAUGUUCGUGCCACCAUGUUGAGCUUCUUCGAGGAUGCGCUUCCAGAUAAAGAUUUAAUUUAUUGCAUGAUUGACUCAAAAUUGAAGUAUGGCUAUUUUGAAUUGAGUUCACUUUUCCAAGCCAGCACAUCCAGUGACUAUUUGACGCAGUGUUCAAUUGACCUAUUUAAAAAAGUCAAGAAGUCAGAGCUUUUCAUACAAGUUUACAGCUAUUUUAUCUCUGGGUUGGUAACCACAUAUGCCAGAAACUAUCCUGAAGAUUAUAUCAAAUCUACUUUAAAUAGACCUGACCUUUUUGGGAUUUUUGAAAUAUUAGAACCGAUAGUUUCCAAAACAGCGUCCAGUAUUCCACCUUUAGCAAAAGCUUUCAAUUACAGGUCAUUGUUUUCAUUAAUUGCCAUGAAUGCCGCGGUUUUUAAGAAAUUUAAAAGCUAUAUUGAAAUUGAAGGCCUGCCAAAGGAAAAGAAAGAGCAAUUGAAUGUGAACUCACAUGAACUUCGAAUGUUUCAUCUAUUAUUGAAAGUUGUAGGACCGGAAGUGGUUACAUCCAUUCAUCAAAAAUAUUUAAUCCUAGAGUGCUUUACUCUUCUUGCAUCUACUGCAGGAUCAAUUGCCAGCCAUGAUCCAUCAAACCCCACAGUUUUGUUUGUGAAAAAGUACUUCCCCGUUGUUCAUAACAAGGUCAAAGACAUUCUAAACAGGAUGUCAACCACUGUUAUCGAAAACUCAUUGAUUGAACAUAUUAAAAUAGAAUUUUGGGCUAACUAUAUCCUAUUACUUCCCCAAAUCCUGUUGCCCUUAUUUGCUCCCUCUUUGGAAAAUUUUAAAGCUGAUGAUUUAUACUCUUAUUACAUUUCUAUCUCGGUAGUUAAAAAGCUUGGUAGUUUGAGUGGGGGUUUAGCCAUUAUCCAAGAAGUAUUUUUUAGUACUGAGGCAACAACGAAACUCUUCCAACGAGGCCUUCGUAUCUCCGAAAUAAUGAGCGCAACUAAAAAGGACUAUAUGGUAUUCAUUGACUAUGCUGAUUCCCAGAAAGCGGACUUGCUGGAUGUUCCAAUAUUGAACCAGCCGAUUUUUCCGUCCAGCUCUUCCUCAAAACAAUCAACUACUCAUCAAGCUUCCAGCAUAAUUGAGUCCACGUCAAUGAAUAGAAAAGCAAGCCAUCUUUUUGGCUCUCUUAGUGGAUCUAGUAACAUUAGCAGCAACAACAACAACAACAACACCACCACCAACAACAACAACAACAACAAUAAUAAUAAUAACAAUUAUACCAAUAACAGCACAAUACCCAUCUCAACCACCGCAGCAAGUACUAUCGCUUCUUCCAUUGAGAAUUCAGACCAACAAGACUGUUUAACAAUUCUUAGAAAUGACGGUUAUUUGUGCAGAAGGAUUUUUGAUAUCUCUCUUGGUGUUGUAUUGCCUGCACCUCAAUGUAUGUUUGAUUUUGAUCCGUUUUGUGUUUCCGAUGCAGAUUUUAUGGAAAAUCCCGAUCUUUUAAAUGUCGCUGAUAAGCUUUCAAAUGUUGGUCCUGUGGUGGCACCUCUAUCAUUCGCGGCAGUCUUCGAUCCUCAAUACUCUUGCUUCAACUGCGGCACCAAGAUAAUUUUGGCGCAUAUUAACCACUCAGUGGCCCUUGAAAAUUAUGUCGCUUAUGUGUUCUUAUAUAAUCUUUGUUUUAUUCCUCAAUGGCUUGAUAUGAUACUUGAUCAUUCCCUACAUGACAUCCAGAAGAACAUUCACCAUUUUGGUUUUCUUUUAGAUUACUUGAAUGUUUAUUUUGAAAAAUAUUCCUCAAAGAUUGAUAUCCAAAUGUAUUUUGAUGAUCUUGAUUCCGAUAGAGCCAAAAACAUGAUUUUGAUGGCGAAAAAAAUUGAGGAAUUUCUCUAUGUGUUUUUAUGCGCUGCAACUGCUGAAACAUAUUACAGUGUCAAAAAUAUUAUAAAUUUAUUUGCGGAUUUUUUUUCUCAAGAUUAUGCUGUUUGCGAGAAAGUGAGAAGUUCUGUGAACUGGAAUUUCUUGGAGGCCAUAGGGAAAGAUAAUGACGUAAUUAUCAAGAGUCUGAAAUAUUUGCAAAAGAAAAUGGUUAACUUUUUCAAUAAUUUAGUUGAAAAAAAUACCGACGGAUUGAAUAAUGCAGUGGAAAGGUCAUUUCAAAAAUUCCUAGAUUUCUUGGCUGUUAAUAAUUUGACUCGUGCGGAGUUGACCUCGUUAUCAAACUAUUCGACAUUUUUGGCAAUUGUACUUGGAUUUGAAAUCCCGUCAGAAACAUACGAUGCAUAUAACCUUAUCAAAGAUACUCGCAUUCUACAGUUUAUCAUGGAAUUAAUUAAAUCAUUAGGUGCAGUUGAUCCAGAGAAAAGAGCGAUUGCUGAACAAAUCUUAUCAAAAGAAUUACACCAGAAUUUAGCCUUCGUCAUAUAUUGUGAAUUUUUAGAAGAGUUUGGGCGCUUGAAGACAAAGUCUGAGACUGUAAUAUUGUCAACUAGAGAGUCCGAAUUGAUAAUCAUUAAUACAGUUGUCCUCGAAAAAUUAUUCAAAAGAUUACUGCCGAUGGUUAUAUUUCAAAACAGUUGGAGUAUCGUUAAGAUUUCUCAAACUUUGAUUGAUAUCGUCAAGAAUCAGUGUCGUUUAUUUUCAAACAACUCUUCUUACAAAAUAGCUAACAGCUCUAAGCCUGUAGCCAUCACCAAUUUUGCCAAAUUGAAACUUGCUGUGCUGAGAUUUUUGCAUAUCACCAUGAAAUUUAGAAAAGAUUUGAGAAUUGAUGGAACAUACUUGAUGUACAAGAAUAGUAUUCUUAAGACUAUGCUAUAUUGGCUAGAAACUUCUUUCUUUAAAGAUGAGCCAAAUUUCUUCAAUUCUAUGAUCAGCAGUAGUGGCGUUCCUAGAUCUGAAUCUUUCAUCAUUAAUAUUAAUUAUUUGUAUCGAGAGAUUAUCAUAGAGAUUUUGUCAUGUUUGACCUUUUUGACUGUUGAAUUGCCAAUUAUUAGGAGUAAUAUCAAUUAUGAAAAAGAAGUGGCAAUUUUUAGGAAUGUUAUGUUCGGAAAUUACUAUAAUGUUUUGAUUAGAAUUUUGCGGAAAUGCUUGAACGACUCCUGUGAGAAAUCGUCCCAUAAAGCAAUCCAUCACAAGUAUUCUGGACACCAAGCUGCUAUUUCUGAUUUUAAUAAAGCUGAACUCGAGAAAAUUAUCCAGCACAGUAUUUGCAUUAUUGGGAACUUGGUCAAAGCCAAUUACGAAAUUGCAUCAUGGUAUGUUUUACCUGUGAUCACGGAUGAAAACCCCGUCAUUAAAGAUGCUUUUAUACAAAUCUUCAAACAUAUUUUCUUAGAUCAACUGAGGGCAAAGGCAGUGGAAGAGAGUACACAUUCUGCGGACUUCCACCAAUUUUGCUUCAAAGGCUUACUGUCGCCGGAUUUAUUGAUUGCUUUUAGAAAUACUGUGAACGCAUCAGAAAUGGAUAGAGUUAGUCAAGCUAUUCUUGUGGUCACCGAGGCUGGUGGUUUUCUACAUGAUGUUUUGAGGACUUUGAUCAAUUACGAACUCAAGAUUGGCUUGAAACCUUUGGAUAUAUUGAGAAGAAAUAAUUUGACUACUAAAUUAUUAUCUUUAGUCGGAAAAAAUUUUGGUAGUGAAUAUUUGAAAAAUACAAUUGGCGGACUCUUGGAUCAAAUUAUUAUCAAUGAAGAUUAUUUUGAAGUUGAUCAAUUCUUCCAAGGUAGUGAUGGGAUAAGCAAUGAAGAUUCAGGAAAAUUUUUCCAUUAUUUCACUAAUCUUGUGGAUUGCAUCUGUGAGUCUGCUGAUUCGGUUCCGUUGAUUAUUAGAGCAACAUGUUACACUUUGAGAAGCUGCGUGUAUGAAUAUACCAAAGAUGAGAGCCUAUGUUUGCUCAUCAUUAGUACUUUCUUCUUUUUGCGGUUUUUGUGUCCUGCUAUUGCCUACCCAGAGGAAUUGGGAUUCAUAAACUACGGGCCUUCUCCUGAAGCGAAGCGCUGCUUUGUAUUACUCACUAAGGCCUUGCAAAAUGCGAGUAAUGGCACUUUGAACAUUGAGAAAUUUCCUUUAUUAAAAGGAAAAGAGCUCGAAAUGCAUGCGUUGGUAGAUAAAAUUUCUAGAUUUGUGGAUGCAAUUUCUGUGUCUGAUGUAUGUGAAUUGGCAGUUAAAGAUUCUGGGGCUCCAAAAGGGUUUGACUUCAAACAUUUCAAGAUCAUGUACACCUUUGUCGUUGAACAUUCGGAAGCCAUAAGAGAACAUGUUGUUUCACCAACCUUUGUUAUGAUUGAUAAGAUGGAAAGUAAGCUGGUGUACUAUGAGGUUGUGGAUACAUUUUUUGCUUCUCUUGGCUAUAAAUAUCUCGAAUUUACUCCUCAGGUUGCAGAAUUCAUCAGGAUUAACAAGAAUAAAUACAUUGAAUUGUAUGAUAUUAUCAAAAAGUCAUUGAAUAAUCCAUUGACUGAGGAAAUUAUCAACUCAAAAUAUUUUACUGAAAGUGUGGCUAAAGAUGGGACUCAAGUGUUCGCUAUAACUUUCUCUUACUUUAACGAUCUUGAUGUUGAUCCAAAAAUUCUUUUUUCCCGAAUUUUACAGUCAUUGAGUAGAACCGCAACCUCUACGUAUUACGUCGUUUUUGAUUGUACCUUGUACAACAAGCCAACUGUUACUGAGACUUUGGGCUGCAUGAUUGAUUUAUUAUGUCGUUUGACCCCCGACGAAUUGGCAGAGAAAUGUGCUGGGGUGUUCUAUGUCAAUGUCAGUAGUGUUUUUGCACCAGACUUGAUUGCCAGACUCGAGGCACGUGCAUUAUCUCUGAAUAAAUUCCUAAAUCCAAAACAUGUUAAAUUAACAUUCUUAUCCACUUUUCAAGAUAGCAAGAUUAUUGAAUCUUUCAAUUUACCUGAAUGGGUAUAUAUCGUCAGCUCUGGAGGUAAGGAAUAUAUUCAAGAUAUUGUUUAUUAUGAAAACCGGGGGUCAGUGGGUGGGAAAGAUCGCGUUACUUUCCCUGUUCAAUUGCGUUUGACAGAGACUCAUGUUAUAUAUAGUCUCGGAGAACUGAAGAAAGUGAAAAUUGGAAUAUUCACCAAGAGUUUUAAGAUUGUCAAUUUUGAACGGCUUAUUGAUUGGAAAGAUUUGAAAGAAAUUGAUGAAACAAAUGGCCUCUCUGAAUCAUUUGAAGUUCAUUCAAUGUUGUUGGAUAGGGAGUUGAGGUUUGCAAGUUUCAAAAAAUCAGAAAUUAUUAGAAUUUUUUACUUGAACUUGGGGAGUUACCAACUUAAUUUUUACAACCAGAAAAGAAAAUGGAGUUUAGCAGAGAAAACGGUGGCAACCAGAGAAUUGCUUGGUGAAGUGUUUAUAAUGAUUGGAUUGGCAUUACUAUCUGAUAGCGAGCAGGUUAGACGAAAUGCUUACGAUUUACUGCAUGAAUUUGAAACUUCUUUGGCAUCCGAUGAUAAAAAUUCUACAGCUAAUGAAAUUGGUCCAGCAUUCGCACCUCCGAAGAGUCCGUUGAUGGUGUCUUCGAUUUCUAGAAGCUUGGCUGAUAAAUAUCCCGAGUUAACAAAAGACAUCAUUUCUGCAUUUGUCUACAUUUUCAGCACAAACGAUAAUUCUGUCAACUCAAAUAAUUUAUAUCUAAUUCUUGAGCCAUGGAUCAAAUAUGCAUAUACUCACGUUUUUGUGAACUAUGAGGUUAAUGGUCCUGAAAUGAUUCGUGGGCUUAUCUCUGCUAUUGUUAAAAGUGUUCCAGUAGACAAUGCCGACUUGACUGAAUUGAAUAAUGGUAUUUGGAAUAAAUUAGUAAAUGAGAGUGACUUUGUGGAAAUGAUUGUUGGUGAAAUUACUAAUGAAGGAUUGAACCGGCAAUUUUCGGGGAUCAAAUACGAUAAUCUAGUUGCUCUUAUGUCUUUCAACCCAACAAUGAAGGUUUGCAGUGCUGUCUUGAACCAAUUGAUUCUAGGCAGUAAAAUCCCUAAAAGUAUUAGAGGUCAACAGGCGAGAAUUGACUUAUAUUGGUUUAAGGUUGAUUUCUUGUUACAAAUAUGUGUUUCCAUAUUUUUUGAUAAGCUUUACUUUGUUGAGAAAUUCUUGCCGCAAUUGUUAUAUGUUGUUGCAGUUUUUUAUAGAGAGGGACCAACUUCCGUUAAGGUUCUCAUUAAACAAAUCAGUGUCAAUAUCAUGAAUACUUUAGCAAAUAAUAAAUUUUUGAGUGAGAAAAGCAAAAAAGUAUUAUUGUCACAAGUGGAAUCGAGCAACAAGCAAGAAAGUAACACUUUUGGAAUAAACUCCACUAAUAUUCCAAACAUGUUUGAUUUAGACUUUGCAAAACCCUCUGAAUACCACAACGAUUACUUUGCCUCCAGAGUGAUUCUUGGCAGAUUAAUUUUGCCUCUUAGGCUUCCAGAAUAUAGGGGAUCCAAAUUGAAUGAUAUCUGGUCGACACAAUUGUCAUAUUUGGCACAUGAUCUUGUGAAGCAGGAUGAUGCUGUCUUUCAAGCAAAAGGUAUUAGAUUAUUGUCGCAUUUGUAUAGUCUUGGGGCGCCAGACCUUUUGGUUAAAAGGUAUUUCCUCAAGCUUUGCAGCUACUUGGAAUUGAUUGAUACUGAUACUUUCUCAUUUGGUACUUGUGCCGUGUUCCUUGCGGAGUUGGGAAGAGUCCUUAAUGGAUUACAGGAUGAUUCGCUGUUCUUUCCAAUUACUCUUUGGAUUUCACUUACUCUCUCUUAUUACAACAAUGUUUUGCUAUUUGAAAUUUCUUUCAUGCUCUUGGGUAAUAUAGUUGUGACCAUGAAUAACCGCGGAUUCUUUGAUAAUGCAAGAAUGUGGGAUGUUUUAGCAAGAAAUGCCACUAGGGGAGAAGAUAUUAUGCUAAAAUUCAUGACUAAAGCACAAUAUCUGCUUAUGUGGUCAUCUGAACUAUUCUAUAUCCACUCGAUCGUGAGAUCCUUAUCUCUAGGCAUCAGCAGAGGUGCCAUUUAUAAAAUUGGAAGUAGUAUGGCAAUUGUGAGAGUGUUAUGUGCCAAGAAGGCUGCAAUGAACACUGGGAAACCUUUUGAAAUGGACUCCUUGUGUUCAAUGGUGCCAUUCUAUAUUACUGUUGAUGAAUCGGAAGAAUUACGGGGGAUGUUGGUCAAGGCGGGAUUUGAUAAUAAGACUCUUGUUUUGAAAAAUCUUGGUGAUGGUGCGGUGAUUCCCGUUGUUUUAGUUGAUUGUUUGUUGACUAAAAGAAACGCUGCAAAUGUUACUUUGGUCUGCAUUGCUAAAUUAUUUUGUCUCAAGUCAUUGAACCCAAGAUGGAGAUCAAGGUAUUUGAAGUUGAUGAACCAUAUGGCCACCAUUGACAGAAGUAUCAUUGAAUUGGUAUUUCCAUUGAUCAAAGAUCGUUGCCUUGAGUUGUGUGAACUGCCUGAAACAAGUUUGGAAACUGUGAUAACAAUUAAUGAAAUCCAAUCUGUGGCUGUACAAAUAUUCAGUGCAAAACGAUAUCAAGGACAAGAUAUCCAGUAUUUGCACGAGAAGGCUUUACUGGAUGCUGGAUUAUCCCUUGAAGUUUUGAAUUUGGAGUUGGAUAAAAACAUUAGCUUUGGAGAGGAAAAAAAUAAAGAAUUCAAAAAAUCUCCUUUUACGAAGAUGAUGUAUCACGCAUUAAAAUUGAAAGAAAGAACUUGGGCACAUAUGUUUUGA